ACAAUGAAGCGAUCAAUGCAGAGUAGACCUUGGCGUUUCAGUUUUAAAUACGGAUGAUACAAUCCGUUAAAAGUAAAGAAAUGUGUGUCAAUUUGCAAAAUAAGAUCCAUUUUCCACGCACUCUAUUUAUUUCAAAAGAUUUUGUGUUUCGAUAUUUACAUUAAAAACGAGUAAAUAUAAUAAAAUAAAACUUCCUACAAGUGCAGAAUAAUAUACUAAACUGAUGAAUAGAAGAAAAAAAUGAAGGCGUUUGUGAUUUUGCUUAUAAAGAUACCAGGUUUACUGGCAUCAGUAGAAUUAUUUUGGACUGCAGCAAAACAAAUCGUAGUUCAGGAUGAGGUCUCUGUUUGCAAUAGUUGCAUUAAUGUGUAUUUGCCAAAUGGAUGCGAGGAAAUGUAAAAGAGAAGAUCGAAUGAAAAUGAAAGAAAUGGCUAAGAAGAUAACUGAAGCAGGAGAAGCACCAGAAUGUUUUGAAACACAUGACAUUAAGCGGUUUCAUGCUACAAAUAGAGAGGAACGCCGAGAAAUGAAGGCAGAAUUUAAGAAAUGGAUGAAAGAAAAAAGUGAAGAUGAAAAAAAAGAAAUUCUGAGCUGCUUUCUCGAAAUGGGAACUCAAAUUAUGGAGAAAUUGAAGGAAGAAGGUACAGAAAUAAGCGAAGAAUGUAAAAACAAGUUUAAAAAAGUUUCAGCAAAAAUGCUUUCUUACAUAAAUGGAGAAAAGGAGGAUGCUGGGGGAGAGGAAGAGAAAGAAGAAGAAGAAGAGGAGGAGGGGGAGGAAGAUGAAUAACUAUACAUUUAGAAAUUAAUAUCACCGUGGAUAAUUAAAAUGAUUUAAUUAUAAAAUUCAUAGCUAAAAUUGA